UGCAGGGUGCAGCAUGGCAUAAAUACAGCAGUCAGUCUUCCCAUCUUCCACCUCCUAUUUCCACGCUUGAAAGCAUCCAGCUCCAGAGAGCAAAAGAAGCCAAGAUGAAGGUGCAGAUCCUUGCUGCUUUCCUCGUCAUCUGCCUCCUCUCUCUGGACGGCGCCAGAGCAGCCCCAUGGAACUCUGGCAGCUUCGAUAACAACGCAGCGGGUGAUGACAGCUUCAACAACAAUGGGAAUGGAGGAUACUAUGGAGCUGGGAAUAGAGGCAGCUUUGAUGGCAACAAUGUGGGUGACGACAGCUUCAAUAACAAUGGAAAUAGCGGAGAACCGUUUCUAUAUUAUUAGGCACCUAGAAUCCAGCCACAGCAGCUAUUUUGAUGUCUUCUGACUUGCCUAUUCACCCGUCUCUGUCUGAAAUCACAUAGCACUGUUCUGUGGAAUGGGCUUAUCCCUGGCUCCUUCAAUGAUUUGACUGUAGGGUACAGGUCUGACCCAUCUGCCUUGGCAAAUAAAACUACUUUACACACAA